AUGACGCUCCUAACCGUCAGCGACGCGGACCGUCGCAGACGAAAGGCGGAACUCGCGGAAUUUAAAGCCGACAUCGCGAUAAUACGAGAGCGGUUCCAGAAGGUGAAGCAGGAGGACAUGCAGCUGUCCUUCCAGCUGCACCACAUGCACGAGCAGGAGGACAGAGAGCACGCGGGUCUCAUCAGCGGCCGCGGUAUCCGCGCGUACGAGCCGCCUACCAUCCGCAAGAUGUACGACUCGGUCACGCAGCCCACCCUCUCCACCACCCCUUCUUCUCCCGAGGUUUUCGGCUCCAAGGCGCCAGCUCCAACCUCGCCGUCGAACGCGGAGAAUCAGCAGCCCGCGUCCUCCGCGUCCUCCGUCACCUCCGCCUCUUCCGGCGCCCCGUCAUCCGCGGGAGCGUUCUCGUUGAUUCAGGAUCUGUUAUCGAGGCAGCGGCUAUUCAGCGAGGUGUUGCCAUGGUCGCGCUCCAACCCCCCGGCAGACGCGGCGAUCUCGGGCGACGCGCUUCUCAAGCAGGCCGGACUCGACGGCUUCACUCUCCUGUCGCCCAACUCGCAGUUGCAGAACCAGUCGCCGGCCAUCGCACAAUCGCCGCUGAAGGAGUCUACCGCGUCGCAGGCCUCAAGCGUGGGGCUGCUACCAGUCGGCGACGAGAGGUCUGGCUCUGAGCUCGUGUCUUCCCCGCAAAGGUCCUCCGCGCUUUCCCCGCCCGCCGCCAGCGCGGAUACCACUGACGGAAGCCCCUCCUCCGUUCCGCGGCUGUCCCGUACUUCCCUGAGGGCGCUGACGCCCGCGCAACAGCUGCGCGCCGAGCUGGCGGAGCGGCGCAGCGGCGCGGCGGCGAAGCUGUUCUCCGACGCCGCGAAGGAAGCGCUGCUCGUGCGCGCGGGGCUGCUGCCGGGGCCCGCAGAGGCAGGCGCGACUCGCGCGCGCAGCAGCGAAGAAGGCGCAGGGCCGGGCGCCGGAGACAGCGCGGGCGCAAUCCGCGCAACUCUGGCGGAAAGAGUGGCGCAGUCGGCGUCCGCUGGUUCCGCCGGCGCGACGCCAAGCAAGAUCGAGGAAGGGUGGCAAUCGGAGAGCGUGGCGGAAUCGCUGAGGCUGAGCGGGGAGCUGCGGAGCAGACUGAGGGCCGCGCUGGGGGAGAGGGAUUGCGCCAAGAGCGGUGAGAGCGAGGCGUCCGUUCAGCGGCAGAGCGCAUCGACGGCUGCCAAGGGCCAAUCAAACGGCCACGAUUUGACGAAGCUGUUCAGCGCGAGCGGCGGGGGAAGCGCGCAGCGGGAGGCCGACGCGGAUUCGAUUCACCUCGGCGGACCGCGGACCUACGACGCUUCGCAUGACGCCGCCGGGUACGGGGGCCACGAGCGCAAGUGGGUUCGGAAAUUCGCCGGCGGCGGCAUCGACGCACAGGACGACUCGGAGCCGCGCGAAGAGGCUAGGAAAGGCGUGGAGUUUAGGAGUGGCGAUGAUGAUUGGAUGGUGGACGGGACUAAAUCGACUCGGCCCCUGAUAGUGGAUGAGGAGAGCGCAGCGGGCGGGGGAGGGGGGGGAGGCGGGGGGGAGGAGGCGGAGCGGAAGGGCGUGGAAUUUCGGAGCGGCGAUGAUGAUUGGAUGGUAGAUGGGACGCAGUCGACUCGACCUCUUAUAGUAGAUGAGGAGAGCGGGGGAGGCAGGGGAGGCGGGGGAGGCGGAGGGGAGGAGGGGGAGCGGAAGAACAUGGAGCUGAGAAGCGGCGACGAUGAUUGGAUGGUGGACGGGAUGCAGAGCGGCCAGGAGGUGAUCGUAGAUGAGGCCACGUGGCGGAGUAGGGGGACGGGUGACGAUCAGGGGAGGGGGAGGGAGGAUGACGACAGGGGGAGAGGGGGGGAGGCGGACGACGUCAGGGGGAGGGGGGAGGACAAGCCUGGCGUGGGGAGGGCUGACGGGGAGGGCGGCGGGGAGGGCGGAGGGGAAGGCGGGGGAGAAAACACGUCCUUCACGGGGAGCGGAGACGACAUGGGGAUGGACGAGGGGGGGAUGGCGGAACGGGGAGCGGGGGAAGGUGAGGGCAGAGGGAGCGGCAGGGGGGGAGAGAGAGGGGAAGCGAACGAGGAGGAGGGGGAAGGGGAGGGGGAGCCGGUUUGGCAGUCCCCAUUGGACGAGCCAUCGGAGUGGUCCCCACUCCAGGGCGCUCCUGACGGGCUGACGUGUCGCUCGUGGCUGCAGGAGGCUGAUGACGUGGCGUUUGGGAGGGACUUUGAGAAGCAGCCAAUCGCAGUGAUGGCAUACGAGGUGCGUCCACCCAUGGAGACUGGAAGUGGUUGGUACCUGUGCAGUGUGCCAUACGAGCUCGUCAGAAACACUAUUCCCCGCCCUUUCCCCCCUGGUCCUCCCCUCACCCCCCCCCCCCUCCUUCCCCCCCGUCCUCAUCCCUCCUCCCCCUCCUCCCCUCCCCUUUCUCAGACCCCCCGCAGGUACCCGUGCGACGUGCCGUGUGAGAUGGUCGGGAAGCGCUGCCCGGCAGAGCUGGACGCCAGCCUGGCGGGCGGCGUGCCUCGGCACAAGGUGGUGCUGCGAUCCAUGGAGCCGCGGGGGUACUAUGCGAGCAACAACCCUGCAUGGGCGCACAAGGAUCAUGCUGUGGUGAUGACAGUGCACUAUGACUCAGACGUGCCAGUGCAGUACGGCUCAUGGGAGGAGUAUGAUGUCAUGCGCCAGCCUGUCAACAAGACAGCAUCGGCUCUUGCUGCUGCCUUCAUCAGCAACUGCCACGCCAACAGCUUCAGACUCGAGGCUAUAAAAGAGCUGAGUCAACACAUGGAGGUUCACUCAUACGGGCGCUGUCUCAACAACAUGCCAUACGAAACCGACAAACUCCUCGUGCUGGCACAGCACCAUUUCUCCCUCGCAUUCGAAAACACCUGCGAGGCCGACUACGUCACCGAGAAGUACUGGCAGUGCCUCGUAGCCGGCUCUAUCCCCGUCGUCAUCGGCGCCCCCAACAUUGCCGAUUUCGCCCCUUCUCCGAACUCCUAUCUCGAAAUCAAAUCCCUGGAGGAUGUGCCGCGGGUGGCGCAGCAGAUGGUUACACUCGCUGGUAACCAGACGGCGUAUGAUGAGAUGCUGACGUGGAAAAAAAACGGGCCUUCCCAGGCGUUUAUUGCAAACAUGGAUCUCUCAGCUGUUCACUCCUCUUGCCGCCUCUGUAUCUUCCUCGCCGACCGGAUCCGGAGAAAGGACCUGGAUGCUGCCAAAACCCGCCGCCCGUGCCGGUGCGAGGCGCCGGGUAAGCGCGAGGGGGAGAAGCUGGUGGUAUACCACCUGUAUGUGAGGGAACGGGGGACGUUCCACUUCACCUCAGUGUUCCUGCGCAGUGACCACCUCACUAUAAGAGGACUCACGUUAGCUAUAAGGCGCAGCUUUCAGAAAAAGACGUACCGGCCGGUGUGGGUGGGGAAGCGGCCGGCGUCGCUCGGAGGGGGUGAGAAAGCCUGGGCUUUGAAGAUCUAUAGGAUAUAUCCGGCGGGGUCGACACAGCGGGAGGCGCUGUGGGGUGAGGCGUGGUUUCGAAACUCGUCUCAGGUGGUGGCGCAUGUGACUGCACACCCGUGUGCCCGGCUAGAAGUGAUCUUCGUUUGA